AUAUGCCUUCCGUAUCUACUCUUCAUUUUGAGAUCAAAGAAUCAUGUGUUCCUCACAAGCAAAAUUACCAGUGGCUAUGAUUCUGAUAAUGUUACUCUGCAGAACUUGCAAGGCAUUGGACGGACACCAGAACUGUUCAAGUUUAUGCGGAGAUCAUAACGUGAUCAGCCCUUUCCGGUUAAAAGACUCUGCAGAGGAGUGUGGUGACCACAGGUAUGAGCUAUCAUGCGAGCGCAACCAGUUGGUAUUGCACUGGCAAUCUGGAAGUUACAACGUUGUGUCCAUUAAUUAUGAGAACUACACUAUCCGAGUGAGAGACUCUAAUAUUGUGGAGUUAGAUUCAUCUUCCUUGCCACGAGAUUCUUUAACCGACUACAACUUUAGCAAAUGGGAUCCAUAUACCUCCACCAUUGAUGCGCACGAUGAAAAUGGAGUUUUGCUAUGGUAUGGAUUGAACAGAGAUAUGAUAUACGUAAGGUGUGAACAGUCUGUGGAUUCACUUGAGUUUGUAGACACAUACCGUUGCUUCAAAAGCUCAAAUGGGUCUGUAUCUUCUUCUUCAUCAUCAUCAUCAUCGGAUUUGUACGCCUAUGUUGGCAGCGGAUAUGUAGGGGAUGUGGGGUUAGAGGAUGAUUGUCGGAUAGAAGCCAUGUAUAUGACGUCUUGGCCUGCUUGGAACAACCAGUCCAGGUCCUGCGCAGACAUCAACCAUAUGCUUGUUUAUGGUUUUGAGCUUUCUUGGCUCAACAGUUUCUGCCCGGAGUCUGGAGAUGAUUAUGUGAUAAUUCUUGGUGGUAGGAAACCUCGUUGUGAAAUAGCAGCAAGCAAUAACAUUUUUAAAAAGAUCCUUUGGGUUAUCCAAGAUGUUGGGGGCUACGUCCACACUAUAUUAGUUUAUCAUACUCUUGGUAAAAUUGUUUUGGGCACUCCAUUUGUGGUUGCUCUUUUGAUCUAUAAAUGGCGGCGGAGACAUUUGUCAAUGUAUCACAACAUUGAAGAUUUUUUGCAAAGUGACAACAAUAUUAUGCCUAUAAGGUACUCCUACAAAGACAUCAAAAAGAUGACGAAAGGGUUUAAGAUAAAACUUGGGAAAGGAGGCUAUGGUUCUGUAUUUAGAGGACAACUUCGAAGUGGUCGUGAUGUAGCUGUCAAGAUUUUGGAUAAGGCCAAAGCUGAUAAUCAAGAAUUCAUCAACGAAGUAGCUACACUUGGUAGAAUUCACCAUAUUAAUGUCGUGCAACUCAUUGGUUAUUGUGUAGAAGGAGCAAAACGUGCUCUUAUAUAUGAGUUCAUGCAAAAUGGAUCUCUUGACAGAUACGUUUUCUCUAAACGAGACAAUGAGCAAUCCUUAGAUCUUCAUCAGUUGUAUGCCAUUUCUAUUGGAGUAGCUCAUGGUAUCGAAUAUCUUCACAAAGGUUGCAACAUGCAAAUUCUGCAUUUUGAUAUAAAGCCACACAACAUCCUUCUUGAUGAUAACUUCAUCCCAAAGGUUUCUGAUUUUGGGCUUGCUAAGCUCUAUCCUACAAAUGAUAGCAUUGUGCCUCUUACUGCAAUAAGAGGUACUAUAGGAUAUAUGGCCCCUGAACUCUUCUAUAGAAAUGUGGGCGGAGUCUCUUACAAAGCCGAUGUCUAUAGUUUUGGAAAGUUAUUAAUGGAUAUUGCUGGCAGAAAGAAAAAUUUGAACAUGCCAAUCGAGCAAUCUAGUCAAUUUUACUUCCCCUUUUGGGUUUAUGAUCAAUUAAACGAAGGAAAUGAAAUUCAUAUAGAAAAUGCAACGGAAGAAGAAAUGGAAUUGGCAAGGAAAAUGAUGAUUGUGGGAUUGUGGUGCAUCCAGACAAAGCCUAGUGAUCGUCCUUCAAUGAACAAAGUUGUAGAGAUGCUUGAGGGAGAGGAGAAUGACUUAGAAAUGCCUCAAAAACCUUAUCUAUAUCCACAGGAUAUAUCAACUGUUGAUGUUAGUAAUCAUUCAAGUUCAAUAAUGUCCUCCUCUGAUCUAUCACUGGGUAAUUGUAAAGAAACAACUUCAUUUUCAACUCAAGAAGAUGUGAGAUCAAUAUAGCAUUGUUUGUAGGGAUGCAAACAUCUUUGCGAUACUCCUAAUUAUGAAUCAGAUUAUUCUAGUUUUAUUCAUUA